CCCAAAUUUACUGGUGGGAUUGUCUUCUUUUCCCAGUCGACAAUGGACAUGACCCUGUCUCUGGCUUGCCUUGCCAGUUGUUCACUCGCUACACCCAACGACAACCAGUUGCGACGAUAAUGGCUGCCGUGCGGUCCCUCGGCCUCCACGAACCUGCGGCUGUCGCCUUCCUUGUCGCUGAAGGUCUAUUGCCCCCCGAUCCCUCCGAAGACCUGUACAACUGGACAACCAGUGUCGAUGAAGACUCCAACGCUCCAGUCGAGGAUGAGAUCGUAUGGACGAAAACUUGCGCAGUUUGGUCGCGAGCGGGGGUGGUGAAGAGAGUAUUCCGCCUAGAUCUCGAAAAAGAGGACAUUCGUCAUGCCUUGCUGGCCAACUUCUCUGUAGGCAAGAUCAAACGCUCCGGGGCGAGUCUGUCUACAGCGGCAAAGGGUGAACCAUCGCAGGCAGGGAGUAUCCUUGGCCGCUCUCGAGAAUUCGGCGAACACUAUGUUGAUGUGACACAUCAACAGUCGAAACAACCCAGCGCCAAGCGGAAGUUCAACCAGCAAGAUGAUCAACAUCUAAGGACAACUGGAAAUCAGUCGGGCAACAUUUCUCGGGCAUUAGUGGUGGUACUCAAAUCCCAGGCUCACAUCUUCUUCUUGACUGGCAAUAGCCAUGUCGUUCCCCUUCCGUUCGAAGUCGAUUCGGUCUUUGCUACGCCUCGAGGCUUGCUGUUCCAACGAAAGGUUCACGAAGAGGAAGAUACGAGUUCUCUUCCCAUGGCGCCUCCGAACUCUUUCGUAUCAACCCUGCCCGAUUUUCGAGCGUCACAGACGCUAGAACUUUCAUCAGGCAAGAAAAGUCGGCCAUCUUUGACAAUCUCACCGGCUCAGAACCCAGGUCUGAAGCCCAGGCAUAGCAAACAAGCAGAGCUUCCGCGCGUAUUCUCGCUCAUGGAUCCUCAUUCAGAGAUGGGCUUGGUUGUAACUAAACAAUCGUCCCGUUGGCUACAAACGAGUGCUAACACCCGACCUUCGGGCUUGGAUGUUCUUGACCCUGCUGACGAGAUCGUCUAUAUAUCGCCCAGAGACGAGUUAUCUGGACUGUACCCGGGCUUGGCUAACGGACCUCUGAUUCUCGUGGUUACUUCCAACAUAAACACAGGCCUCUAUACUAUCUGGACAGCACGCUACAGAGAAGAUGAGUUCGCGCCAGCGUCGAAGAAGAGAAAGGAUAAGAGACGAGACACAGAUGGGACUCGAUCGAAGAGACGGAGCUCCCACUUUGGAAUGAAUACAGGAUCAAGUACACCUGCUGCCCGCCCGUCGGGUGCGAGAGAAAGCUUCGGUCCUAGGGGUGACGCGUGGAACACGUCCGGUCUGUCUCUGUCGCAGUACUCUGCAGAUGGCAGGCCAGAUGAGGAUGAUCUAGCUUCGAAAUUGGGCCAAGAUUUCGGGGAUAUUGGUGUGCCACUCAAGACUUCCCGACGCGUCAGUUCUCUGUUGGCACGAGCGGACCUAGCAUCUAGCCAGGAUAGAAUCACCUUCUCAGACUUGGCGACAGGAAGUCAAUCGGGCCCUAUGCCUCACGGAAAUCUGCGGCAGUCGAUUGGUGCUGGUAGCACUCGAGGAAGUCUGGGAUUCAAUCCGAGAGGCUCAUUGCCACCGGGCAGCGGUUCCGUCUACAGCACCGCGAGCAGCUUCAUUGAUGCGCCGGUGGACAGACUGCUGGAAGAACUCAAUAAUGAAAGCCUUUUCGAAGGGAUCGAGAAUAUGGACUUGAAGAACUCGGCAUCGGGACUUCCAGAAGAAGUACUCCUGACUAAGGUUGAGAGCUUCUCAUCCAAGUUCUCGGGCUCUUUCUAUACCCCAGCGAUACCCAAGUCAAAUUCACGAAGAGCGAAGAUUGUCACGAUUUCACCGUCGAGAUUCGGUACCGCACAUGACGGGAACUCCGCAGCCCUGGCCCUGUGCUUGGUGGACCAAGAGGCAAGGUCUAUGACCGUUGUCACUCUCCGAGCAGAUCGCGUUGCUAUCCCUAAGAAAGAUGGAGGUAUAUUCACUAGAAAGUCCAAAAAGAGCGCCUCCCCGAACGAGCGCUCGCUACUUGUCCAGGCUUCAGGCGUACAACAUGUUUCAGAUGUCUGGGAUGCUUGCAAGGUGACUGAUGGCGGUAUUUCGAGGCUCAUCACAGUAAGGACAGGCGACCAUGGCCAAGGUGCAUUAUAUCUCCAAACUCCAUGGGGUACACCGCACGCGGUAGAAGUCCCGGGUAAAAUGAUGCUAUAUGAAGCAUACGGCAUCUACUCAAACGUUCCCGGAAGCCGGCGAAGAGAGAGCGGCGUGAGACGCCUGAUGACGGAUUCGUCGAUCGCCAUCAUUGGACUUGAUCACCCAGCUGUUCGAGGAAGGUUCGAUGUCGUCGAUUCCAGCAAUCGCCGACAUAAGCUUGAAAUAAGGAUGGAGCCGAGCAAUGAAAUGGUGAAGAAUAUCUUCAAGGUGUGCCAGUUCGCUCUGCCGGAUUCCGAGAAGGCAGGUGAUGGUAUGCUGUCGACUUGGUGGGAAAUCAUGAAAUGGCUCCGUGGGCGAGAGACCGAAGAGGAUGACCUGGAAUGGACUGCUAUGGUUCUGGUCUUGUUUUCAAUGGCAAUUCCUUUUAUUGAAACCAAGCCGACAAAGACAUCACACAAGCCCACACGACGGAAGAAGGGGUUAUUGCGGUCCAGUAGCGGAACAUCUAUCGACUCAGAGAGUUGGGAGGCAAUGCUCGACCAGGAAUCUGGCUCUGCUGGCGUGAUUGCAUCAUGGAUGAACACCAGCUCCUGGAGUUGGGUUGUAGAGCAAGAUGCACAGGACAGCGAACUUGAUCAGACCGCGCCAUUCGCUUCAAACCGCUCAACUUUCCGACGAAAUACCUACCUCACUCGCUGUAUUGCUCUGGCAAGGGAGUUCCUACAGAGUCCGCAGGGUGACUCCGCUGUGGGCUCGGAGGGAUUCUUGCCUACAGCUCUGUCAUUUAGCCAAAGCCUACGAAGUACUGCACUAUGUACGAUUUUAGUGGCUUUGCAUCUGCUUCGGGAAGAACAGAAGCUCUUCAUUUGCGAUAGCGAACAGUCACGCAAACCUUUGGGUCUUCUCGCUCCCGUCCUGGCCCAGAUUGGCGGCUGGCUUGGAUGGGCGUCUUGGUCCUGGACAGACGACACGUAUUUCGGAACGGAAAUGGCCAGUAUGAGUCGCUGGGAGUUCGAGGACUCGCGUAUAUCGAAGCUCGAAGUCCCCGACGAGCCGUUCGCCCCGCCUUCAAUCUUCUUGCAUCUCGAGAAGGCAUGGAGAGAGACUUCGGUGUCUUUCUUCACGCUCUUGAACCUGGUUAUCGGCUCUGACAGAUCCCCAAAGAAGGGUCGUCUAUGGCAAGAGUGCUACGCACUCACGCCACGAACUCUGGCGCUAGAUGGUUUCCUCUCAGAGGUGCACAAGUGUUCAACGCCACUGGACCGGAUCCAGCUUCUUUAUCGUUGGGGUUUCACGAAGGACAUCAUCGAGACCUUCCCGGAAGGUGUUAGCACUCCCUUAUACGAAACCAUCUUGCAGUCCCAACUACAUGCUUCACCCUCCUGGGACUCGGCGCUUCUCCAGCUUAUCGAUCGCGAGGAUCUCAGCAUCUCCCUUGGUGGAGACCAGUUGGGGCCACCGCCUGCGCCCGCACCGUUCCAGCCUGCAAUGUCGCAUGACGCAAUACGCGACGUUCAUCACAUCGGCAUUUCUGCACUGGAUAUUGAUGCGACCAACUCCUUCGAGGUGUCGGCAGAGGCAGACCGCCUGUCGGUCACAAGGCUGAUCUUCCGAGAAGACAAGCGAUUUACUGAAGCGACGCGCCUGCUGAACCAGUCCAAGGCUCCGGUAGCCGAAUGUGUACCCGAGCCAGAAUGGACUGAUUCAGAUUUAUUGGAGGCGCAAAAAGAGGUUGUGCAACUAGUGACGCUGCGGACCCUUUCCAUCCCCACCGGUCGGGCUAUGCUGGCAUUCAGUAGUCGCUUACCCCUUUUGACCGAGAAACUACCUAUUCCUUCGUUUUCGUUGCAAUGUGUUAUGAAACCUUCCAACGUAACAAUCAGCGCAGACCGUGCCUCCUUUAGUGAGGAGAAGGUUUGCUGGGCCUUCUUCCAUAAUGGGGUGUCAACUGGUUUAGCAAUCUCGAAACAUUCGAAGGGCAUCGAUACCUCGUGGAUCCUCUUCAAUAAGCCACAGGAGCUCACUAAUCGACAUGCGGGCUUCCUGCUGGCUCUAGGUCUCAAUGGCCAUCUCAAGUCGCUGGCUAAGUGGGUUGCCUUCAAGUACUUGACUCCCAAGCAUACGAUGACAUCGAUUGGCUUGCUGCUUGGUCUUUCGGCCUCCUACCUGGGAACCAUGGACACCCUCAUUACACGGCUUCUGUCUGUUCAUGUCACGCGGAUGCUGCCAAUGGGUGCCGCUGAGCUCAAUUUGUCCCCCUCGACCCAAACGGCGGGCAUUAUGGGCAUCGGUCUUCUGUACUGCGGCUCGCAACAUCGGCGUAUGAGCGAAGUCAUGUUAUCAGAGAUCGAGAACGUGGAACAGGAGGAGAGUAGCCCGUCUCACGAUGACCUGCGGGACGAAGGGUACCGUCUUGCCGCCGGUUUGGCUCUAGGCUUCAUCAACCUGGGUAAAGGAAAAGACCUUCGUGGUAUGCGCGAUAUGCACAUUGUGGAACGGCUGCUAGCGGUAGCUGUGGGUACGAAGAAUGUGGAUCUUGCGCACAUCCUAGACCGAGCCACAGCUGGUGCGACAAUUGCGCUGGCGAUUAUUUUCAUGAAAACCAAUGACGAGAUUCUGGCGCAGAAGAUUGACAUUCCAGAUACAACGGUGCGGUUUGAUUACGUCCGACCAGACAUCUUCCUCCUGCGCACGCUCGCACGCCAUUUGAUCAUGUGGGAUGGCAUCCGGCCCAGCGAUGAGUGGUUUGUGCAAAGUCUGCCACCGGUGUAUCGCCGUCGAUAUCGGCUGAGGGGCGUGCGCCGCCUCAGGAGCGACGACAUGCCAUUUUUCAAUAUAGUUGCGGGGCUGUGUUUCACCCUCGGUCUGCGUUAUGCCGGCUCAGCUCAGCCGGCAGUACGCGAUCUUCUCCUCGCCUAUCUCGACCAAUUCAUCCGCCUCUGCCGUUUGCAGGCGACCAACUACGAUGCCAAACUGACGCGCAACUCAGUGCGACACUGCCAAGACGUCGUCGCUCUCUCAGCCGCUGCGGUCAUGGCCGGCACGGGUGAUCUGGCUCUCUUCCGCCGGCUGCGCUCUUUGCAUGGCCGCGUAGAUUCGGACACGCCGUACGGCAGCCAUAUGGCAUCACACAUGGCAUUGGGGCUGUUGUUCUUGGGUGGCGGCAGUUACACACUGGGUACCUCCGAUUUGGCCAUCGCCUCCCUGCUCUGCUCUCUCUACCCUAUUUUCCCCACUACUGUACUCGACAACAAAUGCCAUCUGCAGGCGUUCCGCCAUCUGUGGGUGCUCGCUGCUGAACCACGCUGCCUGGUGCCUCGUGAUCUGGAUUCUCGCCGGCCAAUCUCCCUGCCCAUCACUUGGACCAAUGCACAAGGCACCCGACAUACCGUCACGGCACCUUGCCUCCUUCCUGACCUUAGCGGGCUGACUCGUGUGGAGAUCCGGCAUGCGGACUACUGGCCAUUAGUUCUGGAUUUUGCUGCUCAUCCUGACCUGCGUGACAAACUUCGCCAAGGCGACCAAUCGGUCUAUCUCCGCCGAAGGGCCAUGUACAACUCCACGGGCGCAUCGUCUGUCUUCGUGUCGACCCUGGCCGGUCUCAGUGAUGCACAGGACGUCCUCCCGUCCUCCACAGUAGGCAAAGGUCUAUUGGUGCCAACCCAAGGGACCAAUCUGACGGGACCACGACCUCCGAGUGCACUCGCAAACAACCUCUGGGAAUGGGUUUUUGCUUUGGAUUCCCUCCGGGAUCUGGGCGUGCGUGAGAAAGCCCUCGUACUACCCCCGUCACUUCCCACCUGUUGGCGUCGCCGCUCCGCAUCGCCGGCGGUGGACUCGACGGCCGUGCCUUGGCUACGUCCCUCCGCCGUAGACAUGCAACUUGUUCUCGAGCGGACGGUGCACGACGUCAUCCAGGCCGCGAAGGGUCGGGGCGCCGAUGCAGAUGAGGUCCGCGAUCGGCUCUGGCAGUUACGAUUGUUAUUCAGCUGGCUUGAUUCACGGGCUGAUGAUGACGGGACGGACGAGGAGGGCCAAGGUGGCUCUUCUGACGGUCUGUGGUUGCGCAGGGACUAUAUCGAGGAGACAAGGUGGAAGAUCUGGGGAGUGCAGGUUGGAGAUUAUGAGUGACGGAUGUCCGUCAGAUAAGUGCUCUUAUUCCCUAUUAAUACGGCAACACCGCAUGGUGUAUGAUUGAUGACCCGAUGGAGAUGUUCACAUCUGUGCAACGAUUUAUGCUGUUAUUCCAAGAGCGGCUGUAAUAGUAUAGAGGGAGUGGGACAAGGGGUGGAUUUC